CACUAGCAAAUUAUAAACUUAGUUUACAUGAUUUUUUUCGAAGUUAAAGAAGACUUGAAGUUAAAGAAGACUUGGAGGGGGGGAUUUGGGGUUGAGCCAGAACCAUUUUUAUAUUCGUUUCCCUUCGUGAAUUUUUUUCUCGAUUUGGGUCGAAUUAAGAUGGAAGUAUCGUUUGUUUUUUCUUGUAAUUCUAGGUUCACGUAAACGUCUUACCAACUCUUCGGAUGGCAACAACUACUGGACUUGAGUCUCUUGUCGAUCAGAUCAUUUCGGUUAUUACAAACGAUGGACGCAACAUUGUGGGAGUUCUCAAAGGUUUUGACCAGGCGACUAAUAUAAUUCUGGAUGAAUCUCAUGAACGCGUCUUUUCCACAAAGGAAGGAGUACAACAACUUGUGUUGGGUUUGUACAUUAUCAGAGGCGACAACAUAGGUGUUAUUGGGGAGCUAGACGAAGAGCUCGAUGCUAGUCUGGAUUUUUCGAAACUAAGAGCUCAUCCUUUGAAACCCGUCGUGCAUUGAUUGAAAAUAGUAAUGAUGUACGACAAAGCCUGAACAAUGACAAGAUUGUGAACAAUUUGAAUUAGUUUGUCUUGCUAUCUAUCUGCUUUGUGUAUAAACCACAAAACGAAAGCUUUCUUUUGCGAUAUUCUAGUGUUAUGAUCUUUUAUUUAUUAAUCAUGUUUUAGUAAGCUUUUGAUUCCAAUUCUGUAAGCGAAUACAAAACUUAUGAGGAAAUUUACUACUCUCUUCAUUUCACUUUAA